AUGACCACUCCAGAUCCAGCCGAUGCUCAACCAUCGUGCGCCACCGAACCCCACGAUGUCAACACUGGCGCUCCAGCAAACGCCACGCUAGAGAGUUCGAAGUCGGAACAGGAUCAUGGGCACGAUGUUGGAACGGUUCCCGAGUCGGACAAUACAAGAUAUCAAAACGAUGAGCUGGUUGGCAGUACAUCGAAGGAGGCAGGUCCAGCUCAUAUAUCCAGCGAAAUUGCUGUUCCAGCGGAUUUGAAGGAUACGGAAUUGGACGGCGAACCGAUUCCCUCGAACGAUGCAAGUGUGCAAGGAGAUGGCGAGCCGUUGCGCAUCGAAAGAGUCUUUCCCAUACGGAUAGAAAUCCCUGAUAAUCAACUCCCUACAGAUACUUCAUCAGACGCAGCGACCAUCGAUUCGAAUGAUAGUGUCGUCCAAACACCAUCUUCCAAGAACUCCAACCCCGAUUUGCAGUCAGAAAUCAGAAAACAACUCGACGAAGCGCCACAAGUAUUCACGAAUCAACCAUCUCAAGCGGUAUCGAACGGGGAAUACUUUGUGACAAGCAGAUUCAGUUACUUUACUGGAAACAAUGACAGUCGAAGAGAUUCUGCAAUUAGCGAAGGUUCAAAGUCUGCUCAAUCGAGUGAGCGACCAGGUACGGGUGAAUCUGCCGUCGCGGUGGAAAGCACCGAAAAGGUAUUCCGCUGCGAGGACGAACCAAUACACAUUCCCGGCGCAAUCCAACGAUUUGGAGCCUUGAUCGCCAUUAGGGAAUCUCCAGACGGCGUGUUUUCCGUUCGAAUCGUGAGUGAGAACUCGAAUAACAUUACUGGACUUGACCCAGAGGCACUAUUCGAGCUGCGUUGUUUUACAGAUAUUCUGGUUCAACAUGACAAGAAGGAAUUCGUGUCGCGAGCCCGCUCCAUGAGAAGUUGGACACCCGAAGAUACCGCUAGAACCAACCCAGAUGUCUUCACGAUCUCCUUGACCAGUCUAAUCGGCGCGCCCAAGCCGGUCUUCUGUGCCCUACAUUGCAAUUUGGGAUCUGAUCUGAUCAUCUGCGAAUUCGAACCAAAGCACGAUAUCUUUCAAUCGGAACCACCCGCUCUUCCUGCACAUCCUAUCUCAGUAACCGAUCAUCAGGCUUUUGCGCCCGAAGAACUUCGUCCCUUGAUGACGAAAAGUAAACCUCUGCGGAUUAAUCGGGAGAGUGGGAGGCAGUUGGGCUCGAUGGAGUUGUUUCAUAUGCUUUGUGAGAUGCAGGCACAGCUUGCCAGUGCCAAAGACUUGACCGCGUUGCUUGAUAUCACUGUCGGUCUGGUUUAUGAGUUGACUGGGUUUCAUAGAGUUAUGGUGUAUCAAUUUGAUGAGACGAACGCGGGUUGUGUUGUUUCCGAAUAUUUCAAUAAUAAAGCAACCCGAGAUUCUUAUCUGAACCUACAUUUCCCAGCAUCCGACAUUCCCAAACAAGCUCGCGAAUUAUACGUAAUUAACAAGAUUCGAGUUCUCUAUGAUAGAGACGAAGAAACGGCUAGACUGAUGUGUCGUACAUUGAAAGAUGCAGAAACUCCACUAGAUCUCAAGCAUUCCUAUCUUCGUGCCAUGUCACCAAUUCACAUCAAAUAUCUACACAACAUGGGUGUCAGAGCUUCCAUGUCCAUCUCUCUAAUGGUCGAAAACAAGCUUUGGGGUUUGAUCAGUUGUCAUAAUUAUGGUUCCGAAGCUCGAGUCUCACUACCAGUCCGAGAGUUAUGUCGAUCACUUGGCGAAACCUGUUCAACACAUAUCGAGAAGUUAUUAUAUUCCGCCCGAAUCAAAGUUCGUAAACCACUUUCCGCGGCGCCUAAGAAAACCUCACCUACCGCUUUCAUCAACGCUUCAUCUUCAGAUCUUCUUAACAUGUUUGACGCCGAUUUUGGAUUUCUUGCGAUCAAGGGCGAGGCUAGAACGAUUGGAAAAUUAACAGCUUACAAUGAGGCCAUUGCACUUUUACAAUAUAUACGUCAACGUUCAUUUACCCAAAUCUUCGCCACUCAAAAUGUCAAAAAGGAUUGUCCCACAAUCGACUUUCCUACUGGAUUUUCUGUACUUUCCGGGAUGUUGGUCGUUCCGUUGGCGUUGGAUGGGAUUGACUUCUUGGUAUUCUUUCGAAAGUCGAAAUCGAAAGAGAUUUUUUGGGCGGGAAAUCCUCAUGAGAAGGAUUUGAAGGUUGGACAGAAUGCUUAUUUGGAACCGAGGAGUUCUUUUAAGAGGUGGAGUGAACAGGUUGUUGGGACGAGUCGGGAGUGGACUGAGGAUCAAGUGGAAUCCGCUGCAGUUUUAAGUACAUUAUACGGAAGAUUUAUUGAAAUCUGGCGGCAAAAGGACUCGAUUGUACAGAGGAAUCGUAUGACACGUCUUUUGAUUAGAAAUGCUGGCCACGAAGUUCGAACCCCAUUGAAUAGUAUUAUCAACUACCUAGAAGUCGCUCUGGAAGAGCCUUUGGAUGAGCGAGCUCGAAAUCACCUACACAGGUCCUUACAAGCUUCAAAAUCACUAGUCUUUGUAGUAAAUGAUCUACUUAGUCUGACUGAAGUGGAGGGUAUCGAUUUCAAAAAUCAUGAAGACGAUUUCAAUUUGAAAGAAAUGAUAUCCGAUCUCAUUUCGGCAUUUAAAAACGAGUCAAUCAGGCAACAUCUUGAAAUAUUACUUCAAGAUGAUGAGUCAAUACCAGCGGUCGUACGCUGCGAUCCAACUGGGUUGAGGCAGGUAUUAUCGAAUUUACUAACAAAUGCAAUUGAGCAUGGAUCUGGAGAUCAUGUUGAGAUUGGAUUGAAACAUCUAAGUUCCACAAACGACAACAAUUUAGUUGAAAUUUCAUUUCAGGAUCGAGGGAAAGGGCUGACGGAAGUGGAACUAGACAGCAUUUUCCUAGAUUUGGAACAAGUGUUAGAUGAAGAUGAAGGGUCGCCAGAAGGAACACCGGCAGAUGGUCCGAAACUAACAGCCGAACCCCCACGACCGAAGUUUAUCGGAUUAGGCCUUGCAUUUACGGCAAGAUUCGUACGAUUGAAUCUUGGCCAAAUCACCAUGUCCUCGAAAAUAGGAAAAGGAACACGAGUCUCCAUCAAAAUCCCAUUUCGAAAAGCUGUCAAAGCCAAAACACCCCCAGCAAGUCCAUUAGGCUUGGCUCUUCCUACACCACCUUGCGAUCCAACCCACCUCCUCACCGCGUCCAAACUCCAAGUCCCUUCAACCCUCCCAAUCCGCACCCUAAAUCCAGACUCAACGGCUCAGUUACCACUCACCGCCCCCUCCCCUUCCCUAUUACUCACCACCCCACCUCCAGCCGCCCUCACCACCUCCCCUCUCCCCUCUACGCCCCUGUCCCACUACCCCUUCCCCGAGAUGCUGCGCCCGGAGGGGCAGAAAUCGAAAUUCAACGUCCUCAUCGCCGAAGACAACCCGCUUAACAGCCGGUUACUAGAGACGAGACUGGUGAAGCGCGGUCAUAACGUACGGGUCACGGUUGAUGGACAGGCGUGUGCGGAUGCGUUUAUGAGGGACCCCGGGGGGUUUGAUGUCGUGUUGAUGGAUCUGCAGAUGCCACUCGUAGACGGCAGUGCCUCAACCCGACUCAUCCGCGCAUUCGAAGCCGAAGCUCACACCAAGAUCCAGACCGAAUCCCCACCAAACCGCAUCCCCAUCAUAGCAGUCAGCGCCUCUCUCACCGAAAACGCGCUCGACGACUACCUAGCUACGGGCUUUGAUGGCUGGAUUCUAAAGCCGAUUGAUUUCUCGAGGCUGGAGGCGAUUCUGGAGGCGAUUGUUGAUCAGAGGAUUAGGGGACUGUUACUGCAUGGGAGGGAGGUUUGGGAGAGGGGUGGUUGGUUUAGGUAG